AUGGUUUCGAAACCCGUGCGAGUUGCUACUGCAGCAGCAAGUAAGGCGGCUGCACGCAUGCGUGCGGCCGCGGAAAGUGCCUCUGACACCUCAACAGCAAGUGAUUCGUCGCCUGUUCUUGUUAAUCGUCCACGUGGUGAGUCACCACGUGCGACAGGUACAUCCGCUGCGUCUGCAGCGGGUGUUGCGAAUCGUAAUAUAGAUGAUUCUGAAAUAGACCUCAUCUAUUCUGGCGAGUCUGAUGAUGUAUCCGACUCGAAGGCGGCGCUUCCCGCCUCGGGAUCGUCCGAGGCGGACACUGCAAGAGCCAAGUUGACUGGCUCUGGGGAACGUGGCAGCAUCACGUCCGAGAUCUUCUGA